AUGCAACCCUACCGAGUGCUGCUGCUGCUGCUGCAGGCCCAGGAUCGAAACAGCUCAGGCCCCAAGGAGACCAGCAGCCACCAGGUGGCCCAGGACCAGACUGCCGUGCAAGUGGCCAGCGGGUUCCAGCCCACAUGGGCCCAAGCGGGUGAACAAAGGGGGCAGCUCUCCACAAGCUAUGUGCACCGGUGGCUGAUGGUGACUCGGCCCCUUGUUGCUGUGGGGCCGGUCCUGGCGCCGGCCUGCUGUGAGUGGCUGAGCAGAUUUGGCUACCUGCCCCCAGCCGACCCCGCCACGGGACAGCUGCAGACACAGGAGGAGCUGUCCAGAGCCAUUGCCACCAUGCAGCAGUUCGGGGGCCUGCAGGCCACAGGCACGCUGGAUGAGGCCACGCUGGCCCUUAUGAAGACCCCACGCUGCUCCCUCCCGGACCUGCCCACCGCAGCCCGGACGCGCAGGAGGCGCCAGACCGCGCCACCCACCAAGUGGAACAAGAGAAACCUGUCCUGGAGAGUCCGGACUUUCCCCCGGGACUCCCCGCUGGGCCGGGACACCGUGCGUGCACUCAUGUACUACGCCCUCAAAGUCUGGAGCGACAUCACACCCUUGAACUUCCACGAGGUGGCCGGCAACGCUGCCGACAUCCAGAUCGACUUCUCCAGGGCUGAGCACGAGGACCGCUACCCCUUCGACGGCCCGGGAGGCACCGUGGCCCACGCCUUCUUCCCCGGGGACCACCGCGCCGCGGGAGACGCACACUUCGACGAUGACGAGACCUGGACCUUUCGCUCCUCAGACUCCCACGGGAUGGACCUGUUUGCGGUGGCCGUCCACGAGUUCGGCCACGCCAUCGGGCUGAGCCACGUGGCCGCCUCCAGCUCCAUCAUGCAGCCUUACUACCGAGGCCCCGUGGGGGACCCCCUGCGCUACGGGCUGCCCUAUGAGGACCGGGUGCGCGCCUGGCAGCUGUACGGUGUACGUGAGUCCGUGUCCCCCACGGCACAGCUUGACACUCCGGAGCCUGAGGAGCCCCCCUUGCUGCCAGAGCCCCCUGAAAACCGCUCCAGCACCCCGCUGAGGACGGACGUGCCUCACAGGUGCACUGCGCACUUCGAUGCUGUGGCCCAGAUCCGCGGGGAAGCCUUCUUCUUCAAAGGCAAGUACUUCUGGCGCCUGACAAGGGACCGGCACCUGGUGUCCCUGCGGCCGGCUCAGAUGCACCGCUUCUGGCGAGGCCUGCCGCUGCACCUGGACAGCGUGGACGCCGUGUACGAGCGCACCAGUGACCACAAGAUCGUGUUCUUCAAAGGAGACAGAUACUGGGUGUUUAAGGACAAUAACGUAGAGGAAGGAUACCCGCGGCCCAUCUCCGACUUCAGCCUUCCGCCGGGCGGUGUGGAUGCCGCCUUCUCCCAGGAGCACAAUGACAGGACUUAUUUCUUUAAGGACCAGCUGUACUGGCGCUAUGAUGACCACACCCGGCGCAUGGACCCCGGCUACCCUGUCCAGGGGCCCCUGUGGAGGGGCGUCCCCAGCCCCCCGGACGACGCCAUGCGCUGGUCUGAUGGUGCGUCCUACUUCUUCCGCGGCCAGGAGUACUGGAAGGUGCUGGACGGCGAGCUAGAGGUGGCCCCUGGAUACCCGCAGUCCACGGCCCGGGACUGGCUGGUGUGCGGAGAGCCUCCUGCCGAGGACGGCGGCCAUGCGGGGCCGGCACAGGGCCGCAGCGGAGCCCAGGACAGCCCGGCCACCUGCUCCUGCACCUCUGCCGCACAUCGGCUCUCACCCCCAGGGCCCCCAAAGCUGCUGCUGCUGCUGCCGCUGCUGCCACUGCCGCCCUGGACACUGGGUUCUCUGGCCCCUGCCCGGGCACCCUGA